CAGAAAUCAAACUCACUCUGCGCACAUUUCCUGCGAUUACACACACAGACACCAGUGGGGGCUCCCCGUUCACUCGUUUUUAAAAUGACACACGAGGAAAACUGACUGGACCGUCCGAGAAUUUCAGUUUAUUUACAACGGGACGACAUCUGGAAGGAAUGUGACGCGUUACUGAAAAUGAGGCCAGACUUCAGCAUGUAGGAAGCGACGCGCGCACGAAACCUGGAGAUCGGUGCAACAUCGCUCACAGAUUUUAGGAGAGGGUGUUUGCUGAGCCAGGCUGACAUAUACAGCCGCAUUCAGUACAUGACGGAGUUCAAAAAGCCGCACUUAACGGGACCGGGCGGGAAUUGCGUGUCGCAUAUCUUAACUUGGACCGCUCUUUUUUCUUGUCAAACAGGGACCUUGAAACUGCAUGUCAGUGUUACGUGAGUGUCGGAGAUAUGUAAACGCGCACUCUGGGAUUUAGAGUGCGCGAGCUAAUGUCAUUCGGGACCAUUAUGGACAACGAUGACCUGGACCCGGAGGAUUCCAAUAUUGCCAUGCACGGGAUUCACGUAGCGUACCGGGCCAGGCCCUCAUCUUACCGGGCACUGCGCAGCGCCGUGUCCAGUCUGGCACGAAUUGAUGACUUUAUUUGCGAGAAGAUCGGCUCAGGUUUCUUUUCGGAGGUGUUCAAGGUAAAGCAUCGUGUUACAGGGCAGGUGAUGGCGCUGAAGAUGAACACCAAUGCCAGUAACAGGGCCAACAUGCUGAAGGAGGUACAGCUGAUGAACCGCCUCAGACAUCCCAACAUACUCAGGUUUGUGGGAGUGUGUGUACAUGAGGGACACCUCCAUGCUCUCACAGAGUACAUUAACGGUGGUAACCUGGAGCAGCUGUUAAACAGUGAUGUGUUCCUCUCAUGGUCUGUGAGAAUAAGCCUCAGUCUGGACAUAGCCAGAGGACUACAGUACCUCCACAGCAAAGGCAUAUUUCAUCGAGACCUCACGUCAAAGAACUGUCUGGUGCGCUGGGAGAACGGACAUUGCAGUUGCGUGGUGGCGGACUUUGGCCUGGCGGAGAAAAUUCCUGAUCACAGUGACGGAACCGACAAGGAGACCUUGGCUGUCGUGGGCUCUCCUUACUGGAUGGCUCCAGAAGUGCUGAGAGGAGAACAUUACAAUGAAAAGGUGGAUGUAUUUGCAUAUGGUAUAAUUCUCUGCGAGAUCAUUGGCCGGAUACAGGCGGAUCCUGACUUCCUGCCACGGACUGAGGACUUUGGUCUGGAUGUGGAGGCUUUUCAGCAGAUGGUUGCAGACUGUCCUCCUCAUUUCUUUAACUUCACUGUCAUCUGCUGCAGCAUGAAUCCAGACAGCCGGCCCUCGUUCACAGAGGUAGUGUCAGAGCUGGAGAAGAGAGUGACUGAUGGAGAGCAGAGUCAAUGUCUACAAGAGCCUAAUGUACAGGACCUGUUGCCUCCGAGCCCGUCGUCGAUAAGCAUUCUCAGUCGAAAGCCUUCUCUUGACAUUCCUGCUGACCCACGUCUCUGCCGAAGCAAGUCGGAUAUGCUUCCCCCUCCAGCCAACCUCCUGAGCCAUGCCACACCUACCCGAGUCAACCCCUUCUCUCAGCGUCUGGACCUCAACGGCGGCCGCAUCAAGCUCUUCGAUACCCCGAGCAAGUCCGUCAUUUCCCUCACCUUUGCUCUCCCCCCGCCCCUGGAUCCAUGCAGCCCCACGUCAAAUAAUAAGCCCCCGCCCCAUUUCCAUAAACGCAGCCAAUCACUGCCCUGCACGACAGAAGAAAUCCAAUCUCUGCGGAGCAGUGCCGAAAAUGCUAGUGGAAGAACUAAUCAAAGUGUUAUAGACUUAGAUGUUUUGAAACUUAAAAACGAACUUGCAAAUUUAGCCACUGGCAGUAUGUUGGACUUGGGGAUGGACAGUGUAUUGACCAUGAGUAACGAGAGUAUUUUUGACUCGCCUAUUACUACGCAUUCAUACACCGAGCAGGAAAAUGAUAAAAUCACAAGUCGCGAUGCUGUAGCCGAUGACUCUGGUCUCCCAUUAGAUCUCGAGUUGAUGUCUGUUAAACAGAAUAGAGAAAGCUUUGAGGAGCCUAUGGACUGCACUAGCUCUCCUGAUACACUAGAUGGCGGUGUUUCUACAUCACCCAAAUCUUUUUCCAGUGGCUGGAACUCCCCCGUCUCCAACGGUCCACGCUCGUUACCACCGUUACUAGACACGGACAAUAACAAUGGCAACAUUCCAAUAAGUCGACCCCUGGGAUGGGGAAACAGCUCUAAUGGUGCCACGACCCCUCUUACACCAUCAGAACCCGACGAGGUUAUAUCCUGUCCGGGAUGCUGCCUAGCAGGGAUGAGUUUUCGCUCCAUUUGCACACGUGGACCUCGACAGAAUCCCUACAAGAACCUAAACGGCGACACGUCGGGGAAAAGACUCCUGUGCAAGUCUUUGCCACCCUCACCCACAGAGCCGAACAUUGCUUUGCCUGGCACAAAGACAUGAAGCUGCUAUAAAUGCAUGAGUUGCAUGCUAAAUAAAUAAAUAAAUAUGUAUAGGUGAAGCACUACCUUUCAAAUGAAUGCUGUUGCUUAAUUUGUUCAAGCUGAAAAACAGAAAAUUGCAACUAUAUUUGAUUGAUUGAUUGAUUGUUCUAAGUGGGUGUGAUCCAAUGAAAAUGUCUAAACUUGAACAUUUCCAUAGGUUUAAUGCCUUUGAUGUAAUAAAAGACAUAUUUAUGUCAAUAUUUUUGUUAUUUGAAAGUUUAUGAAAAUACUUUGAGAAUGGAGAAAAUAGUGAGAUGGAUUAUUUUAUUAAUGACAUUAAAAAUGACAUUAAACCAA